AUGGAGGACUUCAUCGCGGCUGAAACCCCGCUGGGCUCAGCUGGCCGGACCGCCCCGCCCCGGAUGGAGCGCCCCAACCCAGAAAAGAAGGGGGCGCCCACCCUCACAGACGUACGAGUUUCCUCCCGUGGAGCGGAGGCCCGGACCCGUACCGCCACGUCCUCCGGGAGACCCGCUCGGACCCCGGUUCCUGCGGCGAGAGGGGACUACCGGAACCCGCCUGGAGGACUGGAGUGUACCUUUGGCCAGGUUUACUCAGGGGAAGGCCGUGCCCGGCGUUGGCAAGCGGCCAAGAUCACCGUGCCCAUGGUCGUUGAGGGGCGCCCGACUGUGGCCCUCCUCGAUUCAGGCUGCGGCCAGACACUGGUCUGCCAAACCAUGGGCCCGCAGGCUGACAACCGCCUGGGGAAGAUUCAGCUGCAGUGUAUCCACGAGGAUAUACGGCCCUACCCAAGUACCAAGGCCCAACUGAUUAUUGAUGGGGUCACCCGGCUGAUGACAGUGGGACUCGCUCCACGGCUGGCGUACCCAGUGAUCCUGGGUUGGGACUGGCCCGAGUUCCCCGCCGUACUACGCCGCCAUGCCGAGGGCAGCCUGCAGGUCACGCCAGCCUUGGAAGGGGAGGCCCCAGAGACUGAGGAAGACGAGGUGGAAGCCCCCGACCACACCAACCCGACGGAAGGACGUGAAGAUCCUCCCCCCGGAGUGGGGGAGGAUCCCUCUGCGCCCACAGACUUUUGCCGGGAUCAACGGGCCAACCCUACACUCACGCGGACAUACGACCAGCUGGCCUCCGUGGAUGGGACGGUCCUCGACCCCCAUCGAGCGGCGCAGUGGCCGCCCUUUGAGUUGCGGCAGGAGCGCCUGUAUCGCGUCGAGAGGGACCCCCGCACGGGGGAUACCCGGACACAACUCCUCGUGCCUCGGUGUCACCGCCGGGCGGUCAUGAAACUGGCCCACGACAUCCCUGUGGCCGGGCACCUCGGUCACGAGAAGACCCUGGCUCGGAUCCUGGGGCGCUUCUUCUGGCCAGGGGUACACCAGGAGGUAAAGAAUUAUUGCAACUCUUGCCCGGAAUGCCAGUUGGCUGCCCCAGCACGAACUCCCAAGGCACUGCUGGUCCCGAUGCCUCUGAUUGAGACCCCCUUUGAACGUGUGGCCAUGGACCUGGUGGGGCCUCUCCCUAAGAGCAGCGCAGGGUUCCAAUACAUUUUGGUGAUAAUGGACUAUGCUACCAGGUUCCCCGAAGCAAUCCCUCUCCGGACCAUCACAGCCCGCACCAUCGCAGCUGAGCUGGUAGCCCAUACCGAGGACCCCAGGGAACCCCAGCUCGUGGAGACCCCAACAGACGACCAACUCAAGCAGACCCGGUGCCUCCUGCAAGCAUUUUCCUGCACCUUUACGGGCCAGCCGGGAUACACCACCCUGGUAUACCAUAGGAUCCAGACGGAGCCUGGGGUGGUGAUCCGGGGCGCGACCAGGCCCUUGCCGUAUCACAGGAGGCAGGUUGUUGAGGAGGAGGUACGAGCUAUGCUGGAUCUAGGGGUGAUUGAACCAUCGCAAAGUGAGUGGCGCAGCCCUGUAGUGCUGGUACCGAAGCCCGACGGCUCACAGAGAUUCUGUAUCGACUUUAGGCGCGUUAAUGCUAUCUCCAAGUUCGAUGCCUAUCCCAUGCCUCGGAUAGAUGAGCUGUUGGCCCGCUUAGGGGAGGCCCGCUAUAUCACCACCCUUGAUCUAAGCAAAGGGUACUGGCAGAUCCCCCUGAAACCAGCCUCCAGGGAGAAGACUGCGUUCGCCACACCCACGGGCCUAUACCAGUUUACCCGGAUGCCCUUCGGCCUCCAUGGGGCUCCGGCCACCUUUCAGCGCCUAAUGGACCGCCUCCUCCAGCCACAUCAGGACUACGCGGCCGCCUAUCUAGAUGACGUGGUCAUUUACAGUCCUCGGUGGGAGAACCACCUAGAAAGGGUCGCAGCCGUCCUGAGGUCCCUGCGGAAGGCCGGGUUAACAGCCAACCCUAAGAAAUGUCGCAUCGGCUGGCAAGAGACCACGUACUUGGGGUAUACUAUCGGGCAUGGACAGGUAAAACCUCUUGUCGGCAAGGUCCAGGCCAUCGCAACCUGCCCCCCGCCAGCCACGAAGCGCCAGGUGUGCCAGUUUCUGGGGCUGGCAGGGUAUUACAGGCGGUUUAUUCCCCAAUUCGUGGCAAUUGCCGCCCCCUUACCGGGGCUCCUGACAAAGGACAGCCCGCGGCAGGUGAAAUGGACCCGCGAGUGCGACGAGGCCUUUCAGACACUCAAGACGAGCCUCUGCAGCGAGCCGGUCUUGUACAGUCCUGACUUCCACCGGACAUUUGUUUUACAGACAGACGCCUCGGAAGUGGGACUUGGGGCCGUCCUUUCCCAAGAAGUAGAGGGGGAAGAGCAUCCGGUUCUUUACAUCAGGAAGCUGUUCCCCCGAGAGAAAAACUACGCGGUGGUCAAAAAGGAAGCCCUCGCUGUGAAGUGGGCCUGUGAAGCCCUGAGGUAUUACAUCCUGGGAGCCCCCUUCACCUUGGUCACCGACCAUUCCGCACUCCAGUGGUUGGCUCGCAUGAAGGACCAUAAUAUGCGGCUGCAGCGGUGGUACUUGGCCCUGCAGCCCUAUGCCUUCACUGUGCGUCAUCGGGCCGGGAAGGACCAUGCUAACGCGGACUUCCUCUCCCGGCUGGGGGGUAUGGAAGGGGCUGGCCCCGCUGCACGGGAGCCAGCCUUGAGGUGGGGGCCGUGUAGUGAGGCGGCCUGGCUCCCGGCCGCACCCGAGAGGGAGGAGCCAGAACAGCUGCCACAGUGGGCGGAACCACUGCCACCUGUCCCCGCCCCCCAGAAGUCAAGGGGCGGGACAGGAAGUAUAAAAGCCCCGGCCCAGCGCUCAGUUGCAGCCCGGCGGCCGGAGAGGACAGACGCUCCUGACCGAGCUCCUGCUGGACCGAACCUGCCCCAAGCCCAGUACCCUGAAGAAGACUGGCCGAGCCUUCCCCGAGCCCGGUACCCUGAGGAGGACUGACCGAGCCUUCCCCGAGCCCGGUAUCCAGAGGAGAACUGGCCG